GCCAAGAGCAAGGCAGCCAGCGAGCAAACUAGCUGGGUUCAGUGUUCUAUGGUGGAGCAUAGUGUUUGCGUGAGUGUUUGUAAAGAAAACUCCCAAGAUGUAAAUGUAGGUAGGGCAUCAAAUGCACAUUUUAAAUGUUACCAGAAUCUUGAUACGUAGCACUUCUGGACUAGGAGAAGGUUCUGGCCAAAAGGAGUGGGUGGAAAGUCAGUUAGUUUCUGCAGCAGGAGGCGGAACCCAUGCUGGCAGCUUCAGAGUCCGACACCAAGGCUGACCUGGAGGAUUUUUGAGUAUGAACGUGGUGAUUCACAGAAGCUAAGUACAAUGCUGCCCCUCUGGGUCUUUAGAGAACGGAGACACCUCUUUAAAUAUUUAACUGUGUGUCAGUAAGACAUGUAGUUACAAGUAUUCCAAAGAUCCUGCAAAUUCAGCAGUUAUUUCUUUAGAGAUUAACUUUGCUUCCUCAAAAAGAAGAAAAAGGUUACAUUGUGUUGCAAGAAGAAAUUAGAGAAAAUUUUGCAUUUCGGGAUAAAUUACAAUUACCAGUAUUAAAAAUUUAUUUUGUCUGGAUAUAAGCCUGAUAAGGAAAUUUCAACAAUAGCAAUAAAAAUUUGCUAGCCACUCAAAGGUAGCCAAAACUAGCCACUUGAAGCUAGUCACUAGUUUUAGUGCUUUUUAAUGGGUUAGUGGUUCUACCAAAUAUGGUUUUAUUGAAGUAGUUUUACUAGAUAUGUCAAGAUUAGCUCCAUUUGGCUUUAACAGUUUAAGUUUUGUUGUCUUGUACUCAUAAUGUUAUAUAAAUCUAAUAAUGUUAGUAGAAUGUAUUAAUAAAUUUGAAAAAUUUGUCCGACUGUGUCCAGUUAGGUAUUUGAAAUUGUGAAGCUUUCUCCAUACUCACUAUUAAGACUAUGAGGUGGUCCCUUCCUGUAAAGGAUGGCUGUUAAAUAUGGAGGUAUAUCUAAUAACCAUAAAAAAUGUUUAGCCUUGUAUCAGUGAACAUUGAACUUGAUCUGGUUUUGGUAGCCAUGAAGUUAACCCAAAAACUUCUUGAAAGAGAUUGAGUGGGCAAGUUUCAACUCUUUUGAAGACUGCUCAAACUAAGGUGGAAUGAUUAAAAGUUCAGAUGUUCACUGGUCUUUCAACAUUUUUUUCCCUGCAAAAAUCCGGCAUCUCGGAGAGUCUCCCAACUCCCACCCCCAGGACGCGCAGGCAGCAGGGCGCUAAGGUUGAGCUUUCUUCGGAGUCUUCAGAUGGAUUUUAAAAUUGAAUACACUUGGGAUGGUUUUCCAGUGAAGCACGAGCCAGUGUUUGUCAGGCUGAAUCCAGGUGAUGGAGGAGUGGUGAUGGAAGUUAGCGCUCCAUUUUUCAACGAUCCUCCAGCCCCACUUGGAGAACCAGGAAAACCUUUCAAUGAACUGUGGGAUUACGAAGUUGUGGAAGCAUUUUUCUUGAAUGACAUAACUGAACAGUAUUUAGAAGUUGAACUUUGUCCUCAUGGACAACAUUUGGUGCUUUUACUCUCUGGAAGAAGAAACGUGCGGAAACAGGAGCUUGCUCUAUCAUUCAAAGUGUCCAGAGGAGAGACAAAAUGGGAAGGCAGAGCUUAUCUUCCUUGGAGUUAUUUUCCACCAAAUGUGACAAAAUUCAAUUCAUUUGCAAUUCAUGGAUCAAAAGAUAAAAGAAACUAUGAAGCUCUUUAUCCUGUACCUCAACAUGAACUGCAACAAGGACAAAAACCUGAUUUCCAUCGUCUGGAGUACUUCAAGCCUUUCAAUUUUAACACAGUGCUUGGAGAAGAAUGGAAACAACCAGAAUCAGAGCUGUGGCUUAUGGAGAAACCUGAUAUAUAGAAGUAUAGUUCAUGAUCAUAUCAAUCAUUUCCCCUCUGUAUCUUUUAAGGUAAACCAAUAACAAACAUAAUCUCUUUUAAUCAUGAUACGACCAGCACAUUUCAACCACAAAUAUUUUCAUAGAGGUCAGUGAAAAUAUAGUGUCUCUGUGGCAAGUUGUGUAUGAGUUAACAAGAAAAUAGAAGGGUUGUAGAUGAGUUUAUCUAGGAAGUUAAAAUGUUCCUCAGAGUCAUUUAGUCCAGAAGCACCCAUGUCACUGAGUUUACUGUCUGCCUUGUAGCACCCUCACCGCAAAUAUCCCUGGUUCUGUCAACCAAUAUUAUUUCUCUUCCCACGUUUCUAAACCUCAGUUAGCCUGAGACCGGAACAUCUUAUGUGCAUAUGUUUUAAUUCCUGUAAUGUACAAUAAUUCUUUACUCAGAUUCAUCUGUGCAUUCUUGAAGUGGGUUGAAAACAAUGACCUACGUCAGUUGAGAAGGAGAUCCACAUCUGUGAAGGCAUCAUUAAGCUCCAUAUGUAUUUAACCAGCUGUUUUUCCUGUCUUGGAUGCUCUUUUUAGUCUGUAGAAGGAAAUGGAAUGAAAUAGCCUUGAAUUUGGGCAACAGAUUCUACACUCAUUUACAAACAGGUGACACUUCCUUAAUGCUAUUAAACCAGAUGUCAAAUGUCUUCACUUUAUUUUGUGAACAUCAAACACUCCUGGUCUACAAUUUUCAAAUUUUGUGCUUAUAAAACAAUUCAGAGUUUGAAAGUAUCUAUACAUCAUCUAUGAACUUUUCCACUAAACCUGGUCUUCCACCAGCAUUCUUAACUCAAAAGAUUAAGCAGCCUUGUGGAAGAACUUUUAUUACUUGUACAGAAUACCCAACAAUAUACUUUAUUCUCUUCUUUUUUACUAACAGAACUUGAAUUUUUAGGGGCAUAGCUCAAGAACAUUUUUCUAGAUUCCUGUGAAGAUAGAAAUGGCAGGAUAAAACAGCUCAGGUUAAUGAGAUACAAGUAUACAGUGUUAGGUGGAGCUCUUUAAGGAAAGAUGACUUAAAGAUGAAAGAGUCAACUGUCAUACACUUUUUGUCCUUUCCUUUUUCCUGAAUUGCAUAAUUGGAACCUGAUGUAAUCUAUAUUGUAUCCACGAGGAGACAGUCCAGGGAGAGCUGAGCAGCAAGACAAAGGAGCCUGGUUAUAAACAGUGCAGUAGGCUAACGUGCCAUAUCUGGAUUGCCUAUCUAUUUACCUCUUCCUACAGGAGAAAAGAAGCUGCCUAAUUUGUUCUCCCAAGUUGAUCUAUAGAUUUAAUACAAUCUCAGUUAAAAAGCCCAGAAGCCUUUUUUGGAGUGUAAAUUGACAAACAUUAAAAUUUUAUAUGGAAAUGCGAAGGACCUCAAAUAGCCAAAAUAAUUUUGAAAAAGAACAGAGUUUUAGGACUUAUAUGACCUGACAUCAAGACUUUACUAUUAAGCUUCAAUGAAGACAGUGUGACAUUGGCAUAGAUUUAGACAAAUAUAGCAAAGUAACAGAGAAACCAGAAAGAGAACAAUAUGCAGUCAGUUGAUUUUUUUGACAAGGGUGCCAAUGUAUUUAAAAAGGGAAAGGAUAUAUUUUCAACAAAUGAUAUUGGGAUAACUGAAAAAAGCAUGAAAACAAAACCUUGACUCCUACUUAACCUACAGAAAAAUUUACUUAUAUGUGACUGGCGAAAGGAGAAAAAUCUUCAUAAUCUGGGCUAGAGAAACAUUUGUUUUCAAAUAGGACAUAAAGAGCACUAACUUGAAAGAGAAUUUGUACUAUAUCAAAAUCAAAACUUUCUGGUCAUCAAAAGCUUCCAUUAAGAACGUAAAGAAGCAAGACACAGAUUGGGAGAAAAUAUUCAAAAUACCCAUAUCUGACAUUCUAUACCCAGAAUAUAUAAAGAACUCCUACAAACCAGUAGUAAAAGGAGAAGCCAGUUAAGGAUACUUCACAGACACUUCACAGAAAAAAAUGUACAGAAGGCCAAUAAGUAUAUAGAAAGGCUCUCAACAUUACUUAUCAUAAAGGAAAUGCAAAUUAAAACCACAAGAUACCACUAAAUGACUAAAAUUACAAAAUAUACGCUCUGGUUAAAUGGCUAAAACUAAAAAAGACGGACAAUAUCAGGCAAUAAUGAGAAGGUGGAGUACCUGGAACUCUCAUACACUAUAGAUAGGAAUGUAAUAUAUAGUAGAACACUUUGGAAAACUGGAAAUUUCAAAAGUUAACUACACACCCUGUGUUUUAGCAGUUUCUUGCCAAGGUACAUACUCAAGAGGAAUGGAUGUUUAUGGCAGUUUUAUUCAUAACACAAAACAUAAUCAAGUUUCUAUCCACAGGAGAAUGGAUAGACAAACUGUGAUCUAGUCAGAAGUGGAAUACUACUUAUGAAGAAGAAUGAACUAUUGAUAAAUGUAAUAACCUACAUGAAUCUCUAAAGCAUUACAUUGAGCAAAAUAAACAAGACAAAAUUCUGUAUAACUAAUUGUAUGAAGGCCAUUUAUAGGCAAAACUAAACUACAGUGAUGGAUCUCAGAAUAGCUAUUGCUCUGGGUGAGGGCAAAUUAGCUGGAAAAGGGACCUGAGGAAAUUUGAGAGGGGUGCAGGUGAAACGUUUUGUAUAUUGAUCUGGCUGACAGUUAUACAGCUGCAUAUGUUUGUCAACACUCCCCAAGCUGUAUAUUUAAGAUACAUGAUUUUACUAUAUGUGGAUUAUACUUUAAUAAAAUACGGUUAUAAAAUAAGCUGUAAAUUAAAUGGAGUUAAUUUCUA